AUGUUCACACAGCUAGAAAUCGUGGGGUCUACAGGGGGGGGGGGAGUCCGGGUCCUUCUCAUCGACUCUCGAGAAGCCGCACAGCAACAGGAGCGAUGGGGGCCCUAUAUUGUGGCGGACCAUGGGGGUCUACCAGCCGAGGUCUUGGAAUGGCUGGUCUCGGAAUGGCUGCCCGGUCGCAGGGAUGGAGAUGGAGGAGGAGGAGGGAAAAAGCGCCGCGCCAAUGGUUCUUAA